GCCUCACAGCACACCGCCAGCUUUCCUCCUACUCCCAUCUCACCACACAAGCGAACGACCGUUGACGAUGACAGACGUCCAGGAUCCCCCGGCGUCGGGCGGGAGUAAAACAUUCGGGAUUCACAAAUAUGAUCCCAGAAGCUGUCUAGGCGGUGAGCAGGCGCGCGAAAAUGUACGGCGCGGCUACGAAGGCAAAUACGAAGACGAUCCGCUCUACGAAGAACUCGGGGACGAGGCGCGCAUCUGGCGCGUCAUGCUGGACGAGGGUCGGAUCGUCGACGCUGCGAUGCUGCAACGCUUCCGCGACCAUCUCGAUGUGGACCUCGUUUUUGCCGGUUUGUUCUCGGCCGUCCUCACGACCUUCGUCGUCCAGACAUCGCAGACGCCCUCCACUACCGGCGACACUACCAUUGCUCUCUUACUGGAAAUCAUUGCCAUCCAGCGAGCAUGGGCGAACGAUCCUCGUGUGGAUGGCGUGGCUUCCUUCAGUCCUCCCCCACCGGCGCCUAGUCCCAGCCCCUGGAUCAAUCGCUGCUGGUUCCUCAGCUUGAUCUUCAGUUUGUUGGCUGCAUUCGGCGCCGUCGUCGUCAGGCAGUGGCUGCAGGAGUACGAGAGCGACAUCGCCGGGCCUCCCAAGCGGCGCGCGCUCGUCCGUCACUUCAGACGCGUCGGCUUGGAGAACUACAAGGUCCACGUCAUUGUGCCGAUCCUCCCCAUGCUCCUGCAUGUGUCGCUCCUGCUGUUCUUUAUCGGGCUCAUCCUCUAUGUCGGUCAAUCGGAUCCUACUAUGUCCCACGGCAUCAUCGCACUUACGACUCUGAUCUACUUGCUCUACAUUGUGACGAAUGUCCUGCCUGUCUUCGACCCCCAGUGCCCAUAUCGCUCGCCGCUUUCCACCGCUGGAUAUUGGGCUAAGUCCUUGUACACGCUUCUCUACGCCCGGCUUCCCUCCGUUCCUCGUCCCCUUCGUAGGGGCGUUAUUUGGGCUGAAUAUUGCGUGCUUCUGCCACUCUACUUCAUGUAUGCAAUCCUCCGAGACGGUGGCGCAGCAUGGGAGAGAUAUGUGCUGGACGCGCUCAAGAUGCCCAGCGAUCAUGAAUGGGACACCGCGCUUCAAAAAUCAGAUGAUCUGAUACCCGAUAGUCUGGAUUGGGCAAUGCAGGCGUCGCCAGAUCUGUCCAUUGCCCCGCUCGUCGUACAGGCCUCAGCUGGUCUUCGCUAUGAGGGUCGUACUUGGUGGUCAUCGACCCAGCCACAUACAAGACUUCUGUGCAACCGCAUUCUACCUUGGUUCUAUAAUGCUUUGAGUACACGUCGGGCAGUCUUUGACUGGGCACCUGGUCGAGAGAACGAGCUGAUACGAAUGGCGGACUCUCUCUUGCUCGUCCCAAUCUCGUAUUCUUUUCACCAACCAUCAAGGAAUGACAUAGACACGGUUCAGUAUCGCUUGUGCACCUCGCGGGUCUCCCAGGCCUUGACGCUUGCGCUUCUGGAUCUUCCGAACACGCCUGCAGUCACAACAACUGAUGUGGCGCGGAUGAGUGCGACUCUCCUGGCUCUCCAACGAAUACUCAACUGCCAGUCGUUGACCCGGAAUGACCCCCACACAGUUCUCGAGACUAUUGCCCAGGCAUAUUCCUUGCUCAAAGACGCACCUCCGGUCACAGGGCUGCGUCUUCGUCCGUUGACUUGGAAUGAUGCACUACUGUAUUUGUCCAACUUUGGGACACCUAAAGCUAACAUCUGUAACUUCGCUAUCACGCUUUGGCGCAGUCAGUAUUCUGGGGCACCAUUUUCGGACGACGACGAUCGGCGGAGCGAACAACUCGCUGCAUCAUCUCAUAUGACCUUGCAAGAGUGGCUAUACCUGCAUCCAGACUGUACAGAAGACUGGGAAAUUGCCAUAAACCGCCUGCUCUGUCCUAGCUCGUGUGAAGCAUAUGAAAUGCAUCGUCGUUCUGUGGACGAUGCCUGCCGCUUGCACAUGACGUGUCAUGCAAUUGAUUUGUACAUCAAGGAAGAUAAUGCCGAUGGGAAUACGGCUUUCGACGAUAACCUCGGCUUUCUGGUUGUGCAAUUCACUGGCUCGUUGCUUUCCACACUUGGGUAUGACUCGAUCGACUCCGCACUACGUACCAUGGGACUCUCGGUAGUAUCGGCCGCGUUCAAGUCGACGUUCCUCGUUCGUCCCUCAUUGUCAUUUGCGGGGUCGGUGCAGUUAUAUAAAUACUUGCCCGCAACCUUCGCCGUGUCGUUAUUUUGGUUUCUCGCCAGGUUUGCUCGAGAGCCUGUCGACCACAAAGUCACCAUCCUCAAUGCUCUGUCUCGCCAUGCAACCAAGUACUGCGAGGUGAUAGCACAAGCUCUUGACUAUGACGAAGUCUCAAUCAAGCUUCUCCUUUCACUGGUAUCGACGGUGUUGUGUAAUCACCAGCUGGCUUUCCUGGACAUCUCGGACGCUCUCGCAACAUCCCUGGCCACGCAGCUCAGCAAAGUGACAGGCUCGGUGUUCUCCGAUCAGCCUGAAAAUGUCAUGACUGUUUACCUAUAUCUUGAUGCCCUCUGUGCGGCGCGUGCCAAAUCGAAGCAGGUCGACACGAGGUUCCCUGAUGCAUCGCGCAAGCUGCACUCGGCGUUGCGCUCGCUCAAGCCAACAUAUCACAACACGUGGAAACAGCAGCUAGAUAGGAACUUGAGACGUCAACAUAUUCCACUCACUGUAGCAUUGGCGCUGAAGAGCACGCAUGGCCAUGAAGCGCUAGGAGAGUGGCUAAAUGAUUUGCCCUUCCUAGUGCAGGACCCAGGUUCAGGCUUGGAAGUUUGGGUUCCGGUCGAGGCUCGAGAAGGCGACCUGAAUUGGUAUCGCCACUUCACUAGCAAUCCCGACAAGCAUAUCCGUGCCCAGCCAAGAGAUCGGAGGUUGCACAUAUCCGAACUGGUCAGCUUCGACGAGGCCGUUGAGCGGAUGAAGGAGACCGACGCUGAACGUGCCGCUGGGAAUGAACAAGGAGGUUCGGGAGGCUGUGGCGCGGAGGCGGGCGCCAUCGACGACGCCGAGAGCUCUGGUCGCGAGCCUGACGGACUCGAUGAUCAAGGAGGCGCCGAACGUACGCAGAUCCAGAUCGUCGCCCGACUCAGAGCCCUCGGCGCUUGGGGAGUCGCCCCGUUCAAGCGUGUUCGUCCAUUCCUAGCGAGCCUCCGGCCUCGUCAAAGGUCGCCAUCGUUCAUCGCUAUCGACACUAUCGACGUCGAACGCACCGCAGGAGCCUCAGUUCCCCAGGGUCCGAUGCGGAGCGGGGACGAUCCCUUCGUUCCGACGAAGGCGUUGGGAGCAGGGCAGGGUGAAAAGUAUGGAGGGGACGGCGAGCAUGCUCAGGACGGCGGGCAUGCUCAGAACGACGAGCAAGAUCGGGACGCCGGGCGUAUUCGCGAGCAGGGUCAAGGCGAAGAAGCAUCGCAUGACCAGCGCGAUCACAAACAGGACAAUGCGGACACCAGCGUGAGCGAGGAGGCGGAACACGGAGGGAUGACCAACGCGAGCGAGGUUCCUGCUGCUGGACAAUGCGGCGAGCAGGAGAGAGACGAUGAACAGGGGCGGGCCGACGAGAAGGGUCAGGACGACGAGCAGGAUCAUGACGGCGAGAAGGGGAGCCGGGACGGCGAGCAGGGUCAGGGCGGCGAGCACGGACGGAAUGAUGAACACGGACAGGAUGGCGAGCAUCCUCAGGACGGGGCGCAUGGUCUGGACGACGAGCAGGAUCGGGACGACGAGCAGACUCGCCAGGAUGACAGGGUGACGCACGUCCGGACACGGGACACGGAGGUGGAACUUCGUGCGCGCGAGGACGCGGGCCACGAAGGCGGGGACUAGGGCUGACGAGCGCGGGGGCUAGGGCUAGCGAGGGCGCUGGGUAGUAACGCUCGGGACGACGCUGGGGAGUACCGCCCUCGAGGACGCUGGGGAGCAGUGCCCAGAGGCGGCGCCAGUGAGAGAGCUGCGAAGGGCGAUGAGCAUGAGUUCAACUUGACGACGGACUGGAUGACACAUACACGACGGACUGGAAGAUACAUACAUGACGGACCCUUAUCCGCGUACGACGCUUGAACACUGAAAAUCUGUCUUCUUUAGUCACAUACGAGUUUGCGCACUAGUAUUGCAUCUUGUCCUGCAAAUUACUGAGUUACAACGUUUCUGGCCGUCCG